AUGGCUAGCAUUGCCCGGAAGGACAAGAAGAAAACCAAUGUGUCUAGGGGGCUGCAUAAAUAUAUCCACAUGAACAACAAGACCUUGCCUGUAGCUGUGACAAAUGUCACCAUCCCCAUCAGAACCAGGGUCUCCCGGCGGUUUUGCAUAGCUCGGAAACCUUGGCCGGUCUUCCAGUUGUCAGACUGGAUCAAGGCAUGUUUCAACACACCAGAGUUCCAGGGCAUUUUCAUGCUUGGAGGGAAGAGGGUGGGCCAGCUAGAAGAGAUAGAGGGGAUGCUGUCCACAUUUUGGGAUCGCUACCGCUACAUCGAUUCAAACACACCAGAAGUUGAAUCAGAAGGACGACAGCUGAAGUUCUUUGCGAAGAUCUGCGGGGUCAAGGGUGAUUGGCCAUGGUUACGUGCAGUGUUCAAUUUAAAAACUGGAUAUACAUCCUCAAGAAUUUGCCAUUUAUGUCCCGCAACAGACUGGCAUGACCUAUCCCAAGCAGGAUCUGUGAGAACUUGGCCCAGAAAUGGAAAUGUAUCUGUGCCAUGGAAACCUGGAAGGGUUGCCCCCAUAAGAAAUUUGAUUGAUGGUGACAACCCCGAAAAGGUGUGCAUAGAUUUGGCUCAUACUUAUGCGAUUGCGGGGUAUGGGAAAGAUGAACUGGCUUCCACACUAAUCCUCUUGGCAGUGCAUUGCAAUGUGUGGGGCAAUUACAACUUCGAGAUUCAACUUGCCCGGGCUUACGAAGCCUUUGCUGACUGGUGUGCACGAAACAACAAAACCACUACUAUCUUGGACUUCAGCAAGAAGGAAUUGAAGAUAGCAUCGCUUCAAAGUUUUCCGCGUGGGCUUGGGAAGGGAUCAGAUGCUGCCCUUGUCAGUGCGUGGCUGCAUUCAGAAGCUUACGGUGCCCUAGCACGACUUUGUAAGGAACAAAAUUGGAAACUUUACUACAUGCGCCCGAAGGUGCACAUGAUCCAACAUGUGAUGUUUCUUCGAAGCAUAUAG